AUGACCUACAUCGUUGGGAAUAUCGAGGUUCUUCAGCGAAAAAUUACGAGCAGUGAUAAUGCAGCCGCGAAACGCUCAUCGGGGGCGCAGUUCCCAAAGGAAACGGUGUUGCAACCAGAUUUUCAACGAGAAGAGAAGUGUCGUUCUUUCCAGACACCUACCGUUUGGGAGAGGGAUAUAGAGGUCCCACUGCGAGAUGGGUCUAUUCUCCUUGCUGAUGUCUUCCGCCCAUUUGGCGAAGAGAAUAUUCCAGUAAUCCUGGUUUGGUCUCCUUAUGGCAAGACAGGCACUGGAAUCCUUUCCCUUGACGUUACUGAGGGCCGUGUGGGAAUUUCGAAAGACCGUCUCUCUGGAUUCGAAAGCUUCGAGGCUCCCGACCCGGCUGAAUGGGUCCCCUAUGGAUAUGCGGUAGUGAAUGUGAAUGCGAGGGGAAUAUUGGGCUCCACUGGUGACCAUAGGUGGCAUGGAACAUCAGAAGGUCGAGACGGCUACGAUGCUAUAGAGUUCAUCGCAUCCCUUCCAUGGACAAAUGGGCGCAUCGCACUGAUGGGGAAUUCAUGGCUCGCAUCAUCUCAAUGGUUCAUUGCAGCUGAACAACCUCCACAUCUAUCUUGCAUGCUACCACUUGAAGGAUUGAGCGACGUUUACAGAGAGUCUUUGUGCCGAGGAGGAGUCCCGUACAAACCAUUUUGGUCCUUCUUAAUGGGCACUUUCUUUGGAGACAACUACCAAGAGGACGUUAUUGCCAUGAUUGAUCGUUAUCCACUGAUGAAUGAUUAUUGGCAAGAUAAAAGAGCAAAGGCCCAUCUAAUCAAAGCCCCUGCUUAUGUGCUUGCAAGUAUGUCAAGUGCACUGCACACCAUUGGUUCACUUCGAUCGUUCGAAGAUAUCCCCCAUGAACAGAAAUGGCUGCGAAUACAUCCCACACAGGAGUGGCACGAUCUUUACCAAGAAGAUAGCAUCGCAGAUAUGAAAUUGUUUCUCGACUUCUAUACUAAAGGCAUUCUGAACGGGUGGGAGCAGACGCCGCGUGUUCGUAUCUCUGUUCUACGAUUCAAUCAGCCCCCGCUAAGGAACAUACCAUAUUCCCAAUGGCCUAUUCAGGAGGCAGAGUACCAAAAGUUCUACCUAUCUUCGAAUGGUCUUCUAUCAGUGAAUCAAUCUGCGGUUGAACAAGGAAAUGCUUCUUAUCAGGGAGAUAUAGUUGGCCAACAAACCGAUGACGACUACGAGGAGAUCUUGUUCCGCCAUACCUUCAAAGAAAAGACCAGACUUAUUGGGACAUCCAAAGCCACACUAUGGCUCUCUUGCCCAGAUCAUGAUGACUUUGACGUUUUUGUUCAAAUCCGGAAAGCUGACAGGUAUGGUAAGAUCCUCCGCAAUGUAAACAUACCAUUGGGAGAGCUGGGUGUACACUCUGAAGAAGAAGUUCAGACUGUCAAUACACUCAAGUACCUUGGACCCACUGGCAUCCUAAGGGCUAGCCAUAGAGCCCUGGAUCCCAUUUUGAGCAAGCCGCACUGGCCAGCACACGAUCAUAGCAAGCUUGAUCUGAUCCCACCGGGUCAAAUUGUCAAGUUGGAAAUUAGCCUAUGGCCAGCAGCUAUUCAGUUUGAGCCUGAUGAACAACUUGUACUAAAGAUUGCUGGCCAUCAUAUGACAUUGGCUGAAUUCGAGCCUCUAAGAGGCGGGUUUGUCACUGGAAAUAAAGGACGGCAGGUACUCUAUUUCGGGGGAGAACGUGAGAGUAGCCUUGAGAUUCCCUACGUCCUGCUUUAA